AUGGAUCCCAAUCAACAUAACCCUUGGUCUAAUUUUAUGCAAAAUAGUGGUAGCCCUCCUUCUAUUCCAAAUCAACAAAGUAAUCCAUAUUUUAGAAAUACAUCUUUUAUCUCAAAUUCACACCAUAAUCCAAAUUUUCAAAACUCACCUUUUAUCCUAAAUCCACAAAAUAAUCCACACUUUGGAAAUUACUCAUAUCAUCCACCACCUUAUCCAUAUCAAUAUCAACAAUUUACAUCUCAAUCAACUAACCCCAUUAUGCCUCAUGGGGCUCAAAUAGGUAGUAGUGAUGCGCAACCAAAUGAUCAAGAAGAUGAAACACCACAAUUUUGCACUCAAGGUAGCUUAGAAACAGUUAACCUUGGUGAAGAAGUUGCAUCCGUACGUGUUGUGAGUACGCAUAAACAAAGGUUCCAACAAAAAGAGGAUGAAAUUCUCAUUCAAUCAUGGCUCAAUGUUUCAAAAGAUUCAAUUGUUGGGGUUGAUAAAAAAGGAGAUAGUUUUUGGAAGCGGAUCGGUGAAGCUUACAACAAGCAUCGUGACAUUAACUACAAAGAGAGGAAACCGACGCAACUAAAAUGUUGA